CGUCAUAGGGUCACAGACGACACAGUCUUUGGUCGCAUGCUUUGAUUUUUUUUAACCGAUAAAAGUUGGGGUUUUUUUCCGUUUAUCGCUUAAAACAUUUCUGUGUUGUCAAAUACAGAAUUUGGAUCAUUAACUGAGAAGAGAUGGGUCGCAAUGUACAAGCGACGUGCACACAGAACUGUCUAUUGUUUCACGGAACAGCGAAACCCUCUCCUACCUCUUUCUUCAAGGUCAUGGCUGAUGACGACUAUUUCAGAGUUUUGUAUAUACCUCCGAAGUUUAGUUCUACUGUAUCACCCUUGGUUAAUAAGAAAAUCAUUCUCAAGGAUUCAAGUGGGCAACAAUGGAAUGUUACGGUAUCAAAUGUUGAUGGUUCUUUUGCUUUUGGGGAAGGAUGGAAUGUUUUUUCAGUGGAUCAUGGCCUUAAAAUUGGAUAUUUUCUGGUAUUCAAUUAUAUUAAUGAAUUGCACUUUGAUGUCAAGAUCUAUGAUAAUUCUGGGUGUGAAAGGCUUGAUUUUUCUACAAAAAGAAAUCAGAAGAAACGAAGUAGGGACAAAGGUGGGAAGUUUGUUAGACAAGACCCAAAUUCCUCAGUUUUCUCCAAGCAGGAUGUGCCAAAAAUGAAAAGCCAGCACAAGGGGGAGGAUGAUAUAGGAGGAACAAGAAAUAACAGAGAGAAUAUUUCGAAAUAUGAUGGUAAUAAUGGAAGGGCCCAAUCUGUGCGCAUAUCAGAACACUUUGAAGACCCAAGUCACAUGACAAACAGAGAAUUUGAAGACAAAAAAAGAGAUGACCAUACCUGUGGUGUUGAUGGGACUGUGAAAAUUACAACUGGUUCUCAUGUAGUUAAUGGAUCCCAUAUAUAUCAAAAUGAUGCAACCAAAUGUAAUAAUAAAGAUCCUAUCUUUGAAGGGGUAUUGGGUACAGGAGGUACCUCAGAUGCAUCUGAAUUUGAAAUUUCUGGAAGAAAUAAUUCUCUUGGAGAGACAGAUAAAAGCACAUAUGACAAGUCUUCUACCUUAAAACCUGAUGAAAACAGAGAGAACAAAUCCAUUAUGUCCAAGAGGAAAGUUCAGGAGUGCCAUUUUGCCGAGGGCUUAGAAAGUGAACAGGCAGCGAUAUCAAAAAAGAAACAUGCUUUGCAUAUUGGUGGUUUUCAAAACACUAAACAGAUGUUCGAUGGGAUCUCAAAUCACUUAGGUGAAAUGAAGAAAGUGCCUGUGGAAAUGACUCCCACAUUGUGUAGUUUCAAGGAUAAAUUGAUUGCAAAAGGUGAACUAUCUAAAAAGAUUAAGAAAGAGCUUGUGACUUCCGAUGUGUACAAUAACAAGGAUGAAUUGGGAGCAACAGGAGGGUUGCCAAAGGUUAUAAAGGAAGAGUGCGAUCCCAGUUCUCACACGUUUAAUCAAGAUAAUGGGAGUCACUUCAAAACAGCAACCACUUUCUCUUGUGUGGUGCCGGCUGACAGUGAUUGUCUUAAAUUGCCAGCACGCUUGCCUUUGUCUCGCAGGGGAAGAGUACAAAUAGACAGGAUGGUGGUGUUCCUUCGUGAUCCACUGAGGAGAUUGUGGCCGGUCCUUUACCAUGAACAACCAUUGUUCAAAAUACUGACAAAAGGAUGGUUACAUUUUUGCAAAGCAAAUAAUAUUCAACCAGAAGAUAUGUGUAUUUUUGGGGUUGAGAACGAGUCUGAACAUAUCGUUGCCGUAGAUAUAGUCCACAAGUAAUGUAAGUAGAGGCAUGUGCAAUGUUUGGGUUUUCUUUUGGUGUAAGUACACCAUCAUGUGCACAAGUAGAAAAUACUAGUUUACAUUCUAGACUCGGAUGCUACAAUAGCUUCG